AUGCCUGCGGCGGUGAACGUUGAGGUCGAUACAGGAGCGCUUGUGUUUGAGCGUCCGAGGUACUUGGGCCGGGGGGUUGAGGUUUUUAAUGCGGAUGAUGUUCCAAUCACGCCCUACGGUUCCUUUAUUAGACCCGAUGAAUAUCCAAAAAAGUUUAACAUCAAUGAGGCUUCUUCCAUCGCCUGUCAGGAAUCGGAGAGCGUGCAGAUGCCGUUGGACUUAUUCUCAUCACAUGAAGAUGCCGGAAGCGCGAUGCAACCUCAACCGCUUGAUCAAUCCUUUGUACCUUCCACGACAGGGAGCUUCGUAUGCGAUGAAAGGAGUUUGAAGCAUCAACUUCACCGCAUCCUUCUCAUAGGUUCCCCGGGACUCGUUUCUACUCAUGUGGCGGCAGGACUUUUGAAACAUGGGUAUCGCGUGAGGCUAUUGGAGCGUGACUACCGUGGUAAGAUCUUUCUUUACGGUUUAGAAAGUCUCAUUGAAACUCGCCCAUCGCGCCUCUCCUUGUUUUACGAGGACGAUCUUUCACUGGCUGUGGCCGACUGUGACGGCGUAGUUUACGUUAACGGACCCGAUACAUCCGAAAUUUCUAAUGAGAACGAUAUUGAGCGCCUUUUUGUGUCAUCCAUACAAGACGUAUUUCUUUCUAUAAAACGCAAUGGUAAAAGCGUGAGACGUGUUGUCUUGAUUAGCCCCGCUUCUUCUAUCUUUCCAGUCGAAACAACGUUGGUUGCUAAAACACGGGGAUUGAAACGUGGCCAAGCGGCUGCAUUAAAGGAGGCGGAGCGUUUGUCUUAUAAAGCAGGUGUACCUUUGACGAUUCUUCUCCCGGCCAUGAUGGUAGGUCCUUCCCUUCUGGGGGAAGGUGAUGGCAACGUCCAGGCCUUGGUACUGCUUGCAGAACAGCAACGUCGAUUUACUUCUCCCAUUUAUUAUAACAUUGUAGACGUAAGAGACGUGGCAGAGGCAUGUGCAUUGGUCCUCAUGGCACCUAGAGCUGAAUACCAGAAGUAUAUUCUUUCUGGAGGGGAAAUGAGUCUGGCGCAAAUUGCCUGUGCUCUUCAACAAUGCAUUCCACGUGUAUCUCCACCAAAAAGACAUCUACCAGUUUGGUUAACGAGGGUAUUGUUGCAUUUGGGAAUUCUAAACUUUCUCGGAUUUGAAUUCUGUGAGCGAGUUGCGUGUGAACGGGUUGGUUGGAGUUACGUGUUAAGUAGCCUUAAGGCUCAACGUGACCUUGCAAUACAGCUGCGAAGUGCGCAGACGGCCGUCGUUACUGCUGUAGCACAUGCAAUGAAUGUGCCAGUAGCGCUCCAGCAGCCAAAUGUUGGUGACACACAAACUUCAGGAAAAGUGCGCAAUCAGGUGCGUGAAAGCAGGCUUUGGAGGGGAUUUCAACUUGUUGGGUUUUCCGUUCUCUUUGCCACAAUCGGCUUUUUUUCUGGGAAACGUCUUUUUAGUCGUUCUAAAGUCACCUAA